CCGGCUUGGCUGGGUCCGGCUCAGCGGGGGCCAUGAUGGGGCUGAGCGGUCUCCGCCAGGCGCACGUAACCCAGAGGUGGGCUCAGCUCCGCUUGCGGGGGCUGGGUGCUCCGGACAGACCCCGUGGGGCCAGACCAGGCGCCCGCGGGGGCGGCUCCAGCUGAAACGGCGGCUGGGCCAUGUGAUCCGGGCCGCUCCCUCUCCAGGAAGCGCCGCGGUGGAGGGGGAGCGCGGGUGGCGGUUGUCCCCUCCCGCUCAGCCCGGAGUCCGGGCGCCGCAGCUCGAAGGGAGCAGAUACUAGACUAUGUCUGUGCUUUUGGUACUGCUGUGUCAGCUGCCAAUAAUGUUUGCAUUUCCUCAUUGCACAAGAAGAUUAAAGGAUUCAAAGCAUACAGGGAAAGAAGUGUUUACAUCGGAAAAAGAAGCCAAUUCGUUCAUCGGACGACAUCUUCUGUAUAACAGAUUUGAUUUUGAAGUAUUUACCCCUGGUAAUCUAGAAAGAGAAUGCUAUGAGGAACUGUGCAAUUAUGAAGAAGCAAGAGAAAUUUUUGAAGACCCUGAUAAAACGAUGACUUUUUGGAAAGAAUAUUCCAUUAAGGGACCCAGCACAAAAUUUGGUGGUGAAGCUACACAGAAAAUUGAUGUUACAGGACUUCUGACUGGCCUAGUUGCUACUGGAGUUCUGUUAGUUAUAACUGGAUUACUUAUUUACUAUUUCUGCAAAAACAGAUGCAAAGCAAGACAACCACCAGGGUACUCAGACAGCGUAUCUAUCAUCUGCAGAAGACAUGAAGAGGUUUCUUUAAAUCCACUCCCUCUAAGAACAGAUGAGUCAGGACUGCCAACUUAUGAAGAAGCAGUGACAUUAGGUGGAAAAUAUGAUGUCCCACCACCACCAUAUCCGGGGCCUGCAAAAGGGUUUAAGAUGUUUAAAAAGUCUCUGUCACUUCCUGCCUCAUAGUCCCAAACUUGACUAUGGGAAUUAAUCUUCAUCGGAAGAUGUACAUUUGAAAAGGGGAAGUACCUUGCAGGACAUUUUUCACAAAUGUGAAAGACCUACAGUUCUUCAGUACAGCUAGGAGAAAGUGAAUUCUUUCAUACUGGAAAGGAAGUUAUUGUUUUGCAAAAAUUUGAUGUAUUUUUCCAGCAUGAAACUUGUUUAUACAGGUUUUUGGUGCUAGAACUGAACUGUGCAUAACGGUACUAACCUUUGAGCUCCCAUGCAUUUUGAGCCAAGUAUCAAACUAUUGAUAUUCCAUUACUAGUUUUAUUUACUGUUUAUUCAGAAGGAAAAAUAUUAAUAAAAUCGGACUUGAUACUAACCAUUUUUUUAAUUAAAACUUUAAACCACUGUGAAUAUAUUGAGCAUUGAAUAACUAACAAAAUAGAUACCUCAUUUGGUUGCUAGGUUGGUUUUGUACUGGUUCUAGAAGUAGUAAUGGGCUCUAUUGAUGAAAGCUAGUUAAUCUGUCAAGCUUGUAUAGCAUGAUGGUUUCUGAAUUAAUUUGUCUAAUUUUAAACAUUACAGUAUUGUCUCAUACUGUCCAGUUAAUGUAGAUUUUACAUGGCAGGAAGCCAUGAUUAGGAGGACACAAGAUAUUCUUUUUGUGAAAAUCAUGGUAGGGGUUAUCUAAAAUAAUGACUACAUGUAUUCUCCUCAACUUCAUCACCUACUUACUGUUCUGUUACAGAACAGUAGUUAUUGCUAGGCAAGUCAGAUAGGUGCCUUUCCCUAGAUCCCAUUAACAAACAACCCAUAGCAAUGGCUAGUUGAUAGCUAGUAGGAUUAUUUCUCUCCUUCCACAUCCCCACCUAAAUAGAUACAGUGUAAAUUUUCAAAGCAUUGUCUGGGGAAGCAAAUUCCCCUUGAACACAACUUCCAUUGAUGACCUUAGUCUUGGAGGUUUAAAGUCAAGACUUCUGGCUGAUAAAACAGGAGUCUAAAAGUUGCUCCUGCAUGCUUAUGCAGGUCACUUACGUUGCCUUGCUGGAAUGACAUUCAUUAGUCUGAGAUUUUAGAAAUCUCUCAUGAGUAGAAUGUCUAGUAAUCAAAAGACAAUGGACAAGCUUUUCAAAAGUGUCUAAUGACUUUGGGUACCUUCAUUUCUGGAGUUCCAAUGGGAAACACCUUUAAAAUUGGGACCCUUUAAGGUCUCACCAGUUGGACAUUCAGAAGCUGAGUGACUUUAGAAAAUCUUGGCCAAUGAUUCAAUAGCAGCAAAUUGAAUUCAAACUUGUAUUUAAAAUGGUUCAUUUGUAUUCAGUCACUGUUUACAUUUAAAGGUUGAAUGUUUACUUGUAACAUGAUUUUUUUGAUAGAGAAGUUCAGUGAGAAACUAUGUAAUGACUCCAUAUCACUGUCUUAAAUCUAAAAAUCUCUCAUCUAAAGAAAAAUUGCUGGAAUACUUGGAAGAUAUCGGGUGCACUGAGAAUACUACAUAAAGCCAAUCUUGCCUGUAAGUAACUCACGUUGACUUAAGUGGAUGGAGAAUUAUUUUCUUGUUACUGUCUGACAGGAUUGAGAGUCAAAUUGGUUUCUCUUCUGUCUGUCAGAUUUACUUAUAGCCGGUGGCAAGUCACUUAAGCUCUCUGUGCCUUACUUUUCAAUCUGUAAAAUGGGUAGAAUACCUACCUCAGGGUGCUGUGAUGUUUAAUUCAUUGCCAUUCAUACUUGGAGUGCUCUGAGAUUCUGGGUUGAAGAGUGCCAUAGAUCAUUUUUAACUGCUGAAGCCUUAAAGAUUGCUUCCAAUCUACUUCAAAGACUGCAUCUCAACUGAUCAGGUGAUAAAUGAAGUGCUGGACUAACAGUCUCAUGGCUUAAUCACAAGGAGAGUGGAAACCAGACGUUAUCAGUGAGAGGUGCUUGACCAUUGCAUUAUCUUGUCAUCUGUAUACUCCAGAUCCCAAAUCUGUUAACCUUCUACUCACUUUGCAAGGUUCAUUUGCUCUCCCAGGCGUUUGCUGGGUGAAAAGAGAUUCAGAAUUGGAUGGAAGAGGUUUGAAGGGGAAAGGUCUAAAGUGGUUUGGGGGUUUUGGACAUUGGUCUGAAUUGUUGUAUCUUGUACAUGUGCCAAAAAACACUGCAUCACUUUUUAAAAUAUAAAUAAAACACUAUAUUAAAUAA